AUGUCGCUCAUCGCCACCGCCGACCCGUCGCGCGUAGCCGCCAUCAGCGGCCGAGUGCACGGAGGCUACCACGUUCUCAAGAUCGAUGGCCACUCCAGAACCCUAGGCACCCGGCGGUGCUUCGAAUCAUGUCCGUUCCGUGCCGGAGAACACACCUGGCUCAUCCGCUACUACCCCAUGGGAAACGUCCCCGCAAACACCGACUUCAUCUCUAUCUUUCUCGUCCUCGUCGACACCGCCGCCGGCGAGGAGGGUGUGCUCGCGCAGGUCACCUUCAGUUUGCUCGACCAAGACCAGAAGCCGGUGCCGUCCUACAGCUUUGUUACCACUGCCGCCUAUAACUUUUCUCAGCUAGGGUCUAAUAUCGGAUGCCCUAAGUUCGUGGGAAGGGAGGAGUUGGAGGGAUCAGGGCUUGUCAAGGACGACUGCUUUGCUGUUAGGGUCGAUGUGCAUCUUGUCAUGAGCAGGAAUAAAGAAUCCACGGUGCUUGGACCGUCGCCGUCGCCUGUGCUCAAAGCAAGAUCCCGGGUCUUCAAGGCGCAGCUCUUGGUGGCUCCGCCAUUGAAGGCCGUCGUUGAGAUAGAUGACAUGGAGCCAAGAGUGUUCAAGGCGCUGCUUACCUUCAUCUACACGGAUACCUGGCCAAAGACGAUGACGGAGCAAGACGACGACGAGGAGGAGGAGGAGUUUGCGAUGGCUCGAGGUUUGCUUGUGGCCUCCGACAGGGCCAGGGCCCAGCAGGGUUAG